UGUACGAAACCUCACCUUCGACCGCCAUGUUGUUUUACUGGCUUCUACAAAAUGCAAAAGAAUCCGAUUUAAUAUGUUUACGCGUUACAAACUUGGUAUUUUAAGUUAUUUUGUAAGUGGUGUAAUACCAACUGUUAAUAGUUUGUGAUUUUGUUAUUUGUUGAUUAUAAAUAUAGGAAACAAAAUGGAAAUGGAAACAAUCGAUUUAACGGAUCCGCUUCAGGAGUUUCUAAGGAGAACCGGAUGGUCGCACGAAGAGGUAUUGGAACGUUUAGAAAAAUUGAAAGAAGACUCUCAGAAGACUAGGAAUCUGGAGCGCAAUUCCCAGAGCGCCGAUUGUAUGUCCCGUUCAGAAUACGGCGUAGAUGGUUUAAGAAAAGCGCAUCUGGAAGAGAUGGAAACUAUUGAGCUGUCCGAUGACGAGACAGAACAAAUUACUAAUGUCGUAAUUGAAAUAGAAGAUGACGAUGUAGACAAGAGCGGCUGGUACUGCACCAAAAAUGUACACGAUAUCGACUCAUUGUGUGAAAACGUCUCCGAAAACGUUAUUAAGGAAAUAGAAACAUCUCAAGAUAUUGAUAAUCUUGAACAAAAAUUGAGACACGAAUACAUUUUCCAAGAAGAUGGGGAUGAUAAGGAAGAAUCUAACACUGGUGUAGUGACUAAACUUAAACCACCGGCUGUUACCGAUACUUCCCAAGAUUGCUCUCAAGAAAAGUCUUCUCUGUCGCGGAAUGAGGUUACAGAAACAGAUAUAUCCCACCAUUUGGUUGUAAGUGAUAUCCGUGCAUCAAAUCAAAGAAAUGAGGAGAAAACUAAUGCGAAUCAUAAACAUAGUAUAGAAAACAAUCCAAGUUCCGCAAUCUGUCAAACUACUGAGUUGAUGAAUUGGGAAAGUGUGGAGGACAAUCAGAAAGAUGGAACAGCCAAUGAUGAUCACACAAAACAUCAAAAUAUUGAAGCAAGUGAUCCGGAAUUAUCACCAAGUCAAGAAGACAAACACAUAGAAAAUACAGUUACAAUAGAACACACAGUUUUUAACGGAUUUGGCGACCACGGUUUGGGGUUGUUGAUUUCGUCCGUCAGAGGCGGUGUAGAAUUCGAUGAAACAGAUGACCAAGCAGCUGUCACGCCGAAAGAAAAGUUGAGUUCAACAAUUCAAGAAACUGCUGAGUUGGGAAACUGCGAAAGUAUAGCUAACGCGCUCGCUAAUAACCACUUGAGUUUGUUAAUUUCAUCUGUCAGGGGCGGGGUAAAAUUAGAAGAAACAGACGAAAAUACGACUGUGACCGAUGUGGAUGUUGCUGAAAUACAUAAGACCCAUGAUGAUCGAUUAUCAAAAAGAACAAACGACAAUAAAGAGAGCACUAAUGACCAUCAAGGAACUUGUGGGGAAGACGGUUUGGCGCAAGAAAAGUGCGAAUCUUCGAAAGACAAUUUUGGUUUCACACGACAAGAAACACCCGAUUUGAAAAACUGGGAAUUCAUGGACAACAAACCGGAGAAUAGAAUGCCAGUCGAUGAUUACGAAGAACACGAAAAUUCCGAAGAAACGGAUUUGCAAUCGUCAUUGCUGAUGGUCGAAGUCUUACAAACAACAACUGCAGUCGAACACUCGGUCGUUUCUAAUAACGAUUUCGGCAAGCACGAUUUAGGUUUGUUAAUUUCAUCUGUCAAGAGUGGGAUAAAAUUAGGUGAAACAGGUAAACAAUCAACGCUUAUUGAUACGUCGAAGCCAAUACUUGAAAUAAGCAAAGUUGAUCUUGAUUUGAAAAACAGUCCGCCAAGUAAGUUCCCUUCUUCGCCGAAGAUGCUUCAACAUAUACCAGAGCAAAAAACACUUUUAUCUCCCAAAGAAACAUUAGAAUUGUUAAGCGGGGAAAGGACUGAGUUGGAAAAUUAUAAAUCUAUAGGUAACGAGUAUUUGGAUAGAAAAACAGUUGGUCGCAAAGAACACAAAAAUGGGGAAACUUGUUUGGAAUCGUUAGGAUGUACAGUCACUCCUUAUAAAAUUUCAAAGGAUACUAAUGAGGAUCGCCUCGCCGGUUCGUUUUCGUGUUCGAACGUAACAUCAUUGCCACCGUCACUGACAAAUAAGCUAAUCAUUCUCCCAGAAGAUUUCCCAGAUGUAAAAAAGGAAACGGACUUAAAAAACAUCAAAAAUAUUCCAAACAAGCAUCUCGAAACUGGAGAUACAGUCAAUUGUACUUUUAAGUGUCAAGAAGUAGAACCAGGUUAUCUUAAACUAAAGGAAAAUGAAGAAAGAGUGGAUGACCCAGAUUCGUCAUUACUUGCCGUGGGUUCAGAUAAUACUUUUGAUCAGAAUUCAGGCAUGAUUGUAAUUAAAAGACGUAAAGAAGCACGGCAGCCUUCGAACGAAGAGCAGCAGACACUGAACGAUGCAUUAAUUACCAAGUUUGGUUCAAACGGCAAACCACAUUUGCGCCAACCAAACGAUUUUCGUAUGCCACAUCCAAGUGUUCCUACAACGAGAAGUAACGAUGAGUGUUCGACCUUAACAUCUAGUGUUUCAGAGGACGAGUGGUUGGUUAUGCCGGAUAAAGAAACAGCUACCACCAAACAAGACGUAGAAAAAUCUUUAUCAGCAUCAUCAAAUGAACAUUUGCUUUCAAUUAAAGAAACAAAUUCUUUACGAUGCCCCGAUCAAAGCAAACCAGGGAAUACACAAGAAACAAUUCGUACUCAAGCGACAAUAAAAUUGGCCAAUUCUCCACAGCUCAUUACUGAAAUGCGAAAAAAUGAGUUUAUUAAAUGCGCGGCGAGUGAGAUCAAUCUAGACCGACUCAGGAAGGAUUUAAAACUGCGACUCAAUGGGGUAUUGCUUCCAGAAACUCCCUCACAGCUAGUCGGAGAUGUUAGUCUUAAUGAAGGGGAGUCGAGAGAUGUCGAUUCGGGUUCAAUAGCUAUUAGCAAGGCAAAACCUUCGGAUCCGCACAAUCAAAUCGAGGAUAAUUUCGGUAUAACCUCUGUCGCCGAGGACAAGGAAACCCACACGGCAUUAACAAAGGACAUUUGCUGUACGAAUGCGGAAGAGACUGCGUCAUUGAAAUCUGUCGGAAGCGAGGAGGAAGAAAACGAAACAAAACUCAGUUUCGAAGAAAUACGAAAGAAUUUGAAAAUGCAAUUGACUAGCCUGAGAACCAGAAAAAACCUGGGUGUGCUUCCCGUAUUACCUGAUAACGAGCACCAAUUGGGUAACAUUUUCAAGAAAAAAUUACUAGACGACGACGAAGGUUUUCUCCAGCGCAAACUGUUUACUACUAGUGUUUGCGCAGACGAUAAGCCGGCGGUAGACGGAGACCGCAAAACACGUAGUCAUGAAUUGGUUGAUUCUAUUAAGUCGGUCAGCUUGUCCACACCGUCGAACAAAGUGACUACCACUUCCAUUGAUGUCGUCGCCGAUACCGAACAAUCUCCAGAAGCAAAAACCGACAAAGUCGAUGAAGAAAAUUUGAAUGAAAGCGCCAAUGACGGCAUCCCAAACGUACUCAACGAAAUCAGGAAAAUCAUUAAUAAGCAGAAGGCGUCAGUUACUUCAGGAAUUUCGGAAUCCGUUAAGCCACCGGUUUUCCAGCCUACUGCGGAGCGCAUAGGACUCGACAGUGGUGAAAAAAUUCGAGAAACAAAUUCAGGCAACGACCAAAAAACUGACUCAAAGAACGACGGCAACUCGCCGUUCGUGAGCGACUCAUUGGACGAAUUUCUCACGGAAAAUUCCAAAUUGAACGUGAGCUACGUGGUACCGAAAUCCGGUGCCGAGGAAGGUUUGCGGAAAAACUACGCCGAGGAACCGGUAGUGCCGAUCAGCGUGUCCGCGGGUCCCGUUAAGGAAGAACAUUCGGAAAGGUCAAAGUUGGAAAUGCCUAAAUUUAAAGCUAAAACGUUGGCGGAGAAACGGAAAAUGUUCGAGAGAAAUAAACGAAGGGAACUAAAAGAGUUGAAACGGAUGAAAAAAAUUAGCGACGAACAGGAAAGAAGUUACGUACUAUACGAGAAUAAAAAGAUAUGGGUGAAAAGUGAGGCGAAGAGUAAAUGUUUUGCUGAAAUCGAUUCGGAUCGCGUCCAACGCUCGUCUUCCAAGAUGACUCCUAGAAAAUUAUCCCUGUUGGACGAAUUCAAGAGGCGCAAACAUGAGGUGAAGUAUAAGGCGGGGCCGCUUUGCAAAAAACCAGAACUGCAAGAGGAGGACGACACGUGGGAAUCGGAGGUGAAGACGUUGCCGAAAAUCACGCUCGAAAUUCAACCCCAAACCGGCAAACCUAUUUGGCCUGGUGUGCUGCAUCUUUUGCCGAGCUACGACGGUGAAGUCACCGAGGACCAGAUCGAUUUUGCUCUAACCGCUUUGGUCACGAAUCGUGGCGAAUCUGACAUAAAAAAAUUCAAAUUCGACGUUCCUUACGCGAACAACCAAGAAAAGAUUUUGACGAAGAAACGAGUCGACCCCGCGUCGAUCCCAAAAUCGCGUCUCGAUUUGCAAGAGAACAAGGAUAUCUCGUCUGAAAAACAGGUGGCCAGUGUCAUCGAAGAUUUAUUAAAAUUCGUCGAAUUGAAAGAGAUAGCGCCAUCGUUAAUAAAGGAAGACGAGGACCGCUCUGGUAUCGAAGACGUUUCGAUGAAGGAGGAGCCCAACGACGGACAUCUCUUGGUAAAGAGGAAACGAGCCAAGAAGAGAAGCAGAACGGAUUUGGAACUGAACCGUCUCAGUUGUAAAAUAGUAAGCGUCGAUGUCGAAGACAGUCCGAACGAAGCAUGCGGGAAACCCUACUGCGCGUUGGGGUGCGUCUGUAUCUCCCUCGCGUGCGAAACAUUUAUCGGGAUGCAUUGCAGGAAAGUGGAUUGCAUGUUUGGUUGCAAUUGUCCUGAGGAUAAGGGACUGAGUCUCUAUCACGAGAAGAUUAAGUUGCCGGUGGGAUCGAACGUGCUCUCGACCGACACCGUGUCACGGAUCGAAGAUGCGGCCAAAAAAAAUUUGGCGAAAGUGGAGCGUGAGUUUACGCAAACCGUGAUACACACCAGUAACAAGACGAUUAUAGUCGGUAGCAACAAGCCCAGAAGAGCGACUCGUACUCCUAAGAAGUACACGGACUUCUUCGACGAGUCUGAUGAUGAUUCCAAAGCGGAGGUAAAAAGUGCAGCAAAAUCGUCGCACCAAAUGAUGCCCUGCACAGUAGAGGUGCAGAAGUUUAACUUUUCAGACUUGACACCGUUUUGCAUAGUCCAUAAUUUGCACGACUGCCAUUGCAAUUUGACAGGCACGUUUCCGAUCGACGAAGUAAUAUCGACCGUCCGGGAUCCUUUAGAUCUCACAGACUGCCUGGUGACGAGCGAAAAUCCGACGGUAGUGCAGAAAAGGAACAAUCGGAGCUUGCACAAAAAACCCACGCGUUAUAUCGACGCGGAAGACCACGCCCUUCCCCCAAAAGUCGCAAAAGUAGAACCGCCAGAACCAUCGAACUGUGCUAGAACCAACGUGGCAAAAUACAGAAAAAGUAGACGGUUAUUGGAAACGGUGUUCGAUAAUGAUUUUAUCAGGAACAUCACAGAAGCGGACUUGCUAAAAGCGCAGCUGUCCGGCAAGAAGCGGUUGACGGAGUGCGAAAGUUUGAAACUCGCACUGCUAGACCACGAGCAGAAGAAGACGGAAGAAAUAGAGCGUAAAAACAAACGCAAGCAGUUAUUGGAGGUGCGCGAGGAGUGCCAAAACGAUUUGCCGAAUACCGACGAAGUGGUGCAAGCGAACAAGACUUGCAGAGCGGUGUUCGAUGGCGAGAUUAUCGUUAACGACCAAGAGUGGAUCGAGAAAUUUGGACAGACCGCUAAGCAGCACGUCGGUAGCUACGCACGCAUCCUACCUUGGAAGGCGCUGCUCGAGGGGUAUCUUUCGAAAAAGAUUCGCGUAUAUUGCCUCACGAACAGUCCGUAUAAGUUGAUUAUUACGAAAAGCGGACGCGUGGUAAGGAACGCUUUAAAUGUCGACACGCACGCCGCGCUAAUCCUGUCGCUGAAGGUUAAGAGUCCGUGGCUGGUGAGCCAGUGCGACAAUGUGAAGGACAUAGUGAGGUGGCUAAUGACGUGCACUCUGCCGGAGAAGUAUAGCGGGACGAGUCUCUCCAUUUUGCUCGUCGAGACGCACAAAAAUAUGUUCGAGGUCAAAGGGUUGUGCACGCAGAACCUGAGCUCGGCUUUAGGGAAACCGGGCGACGAGAGCGCCGACGCGCAAUUGGUGAAACACAGAGAUAUGCACAACGAUGUCAAAACGUUGAAUUUAAUUAAAGAGAGGUUCCCGUUGCAAGAGCUGCUGCCUGAAAAGGAGGACUUCUUGAACUCGUCCGAGGAGAUGUACCUGUGGGUAGGAUUACCCAAGGUGCACGACUUUUGCAAAUGGCGAGUGGUACCUCUUAACGGGGAUUUUGCCUACCUUCACUUCAAAAAGGUCAACUAUUCGGUAAAGUACACCGAUUUGGUAAAAUUCAGCGAAAUGGCGAAGGAAGCGCAAUGCACGUUAGUGAUAAGGAACGAGCAAAUAGCGAACGGUCACAGUCACAGUGAGUUCGGGCUCUAUAUAGACCAGAGCUACUCGGACAGGGUGUUCGUCGGUCCGUAUUUUAAGCAAUGCCAGGAGGAAGACGUGGAAACGUUGCGCUACAUCAACGGCUCUUUGGUAAGUUGCGAGUGUUUUAACAAGAUGCGUGGCAACACUUCUUACCAAUGCGGAACGUGGAUGACCGAACGCGUACACAAAGCUCCUAGGAGAUACGUUAAGGCUACCAUAGACUUGACGGCUGACGAUGAUGCCGUCGAAAUCGACGAUAACGCAAAACAGGAAACGAUUAGAAAAGCACCGGAUUUCCAGCAAGUGAUAUUCCAUAAUAACAUAGCGAUUCACAUCAAAAACGCGAAACCAAAAUCUCCUUCCGACUACAACAGGUACAUUCUAACGAACAUUCCGAGGUUCGGCUACCUAGGAGCCUAUCAACCGGAUAACUCUCAUGUAUUGGAAGUGUCUUGGCCCUUCGAGAAGAAAGUCCUUCAGUUUGAAAACGCCGAUCACGCCAGAGAUUUUUUGAAAGAGAGAUUUAACCAGUUACUUCAGCCGGUACCGGAAACGUUUGAAAUCCAAGUGAUCGUACUAGUGGAAUUGGACUUGAACGAAUACAAACCCAUUAAUUCCGACUUUCUCAGCGGCCAUUGCAUAUGCGGCUAUUUCGGAACUUAUAAUUUUAGAGAAUUAUCGGAGGACUUUUGCAAUAACGUGUUGAAAAUAUCAAAGGAAGAAAUAACAAAGAUGUUCGCUAAAAGGGCGCAGGCGUACGUAAGGAAAAGGGUCGACGAAUUGGCCCUUGUUAUCGGCAUGAAGCAAGAAAAUGUCCCCAAUUGUACCCUCGAUUUUGUGCUCGAUGCGGCUUUAAAUCUAAUUAAAACGUUAGAUGAUACUAAAAAAAAACAAAUAACGACUAUAAAAAAUCUAGAAAAAAGCGUAAUGGAGAAAAUAAAAGUUCUGUACGAAUUAAUGCACAAUUUGCCACCAAAAGAGAGGAAUAUCGAGUCGCAGGUUUUCAAAGAAAUUUUGAAGAUAAGACCGGACAGAUUUAUUUCUAGAGAAACGGUUGAAAUUGAAGAUGACGAUGCAGGCAGUUUCAAUGCUCAAAGCGACUCUAACGUUAUAACAAUCCCAGUGAGCAGCCAUACACAAAACAAAUUCGCCGAUUGUACUGAUAAUCAACGGAAAGCUAAUACACAUAUGAUUGGAAUCGGCACAUCUGGGGAAAAACAAAACAGCGGCAACAGUUUCAAGUUACUGAAUCCGAGAGCGAUGACUUCCGUUGUUGCGCAAGCCAGGAACAUUAAAGUGGCCAAAGUAGCACCAUUUCAGACUGCAAGUACGUCUGGACAAAGUUCCGUUCUACGACCUCUAUUGCCUAAAGCCCCUAUCCUAACCCCCGUGCAUCAAAAAAUUAAUGCGUCCCAAACGGUUAGUGAUGCUUCUGUCAUACCGUCAUGGUCAGAUGUAAACCCUCCAGGUCAGGAGCCGCCCCCAUCACCUUUGGCGCACACUCUGGGUGUAGUGAGUCCAAAAGGGACUCUGGUUAAAGGUAUGAAAGUACUGAAAACGCGCGAAGGGAAGUUCCUGUUAGUGACGAAAAGUAUGAAGGCUCUACCGGGUCCUCACAAGAGAGUGAUAAUCAAAAACAAUAAAGUGUACAGACAAACUGUGGGUGAUCUCGGCGCGCAUCCAGUCGGUAACUAAUUUAAGUUACUGAAAACAAGAAAUUUGUUUUGAAGCCAAAGAGACUGAAGUUGUUUUAUUUAUUUUUUUAAAGGAUGAACCGUUUCUGUAACAUUCAGAAAUAGGUCGAUACUAGUUCUGGAGAUUAACAGACUGUUAGUUUAAGUUAACGACUUUUGUUUAAGCUGCAAUCAAUAAACGCGACUACUUCA